UGCUCGUGCGCCUGCGCCGUGACCCGGAGGCGGGACCGGCUGGGUUGCGAGCCAUGGCGUGGGUGCCCGCCGAGUCUGCAGUGGAAGAGCUGAUGCCCCGGCUGUUGCCAGUGGAGCCCUGCGACUUGACAGAAGGUUUCGACCCCUCCAUGCCUCCGAGGACGCCUCAGGAAUACUUGAGGCGGGUCCAGAUCGAAGCCGCUCAGUGUCCAGACGUUGUGGUAGCUCAAAUUGACCCAAAGAAGUUGAAAAGGAAGCAAAGUGUGAAUGUUUCUCUUUCAGGAUGCCAACCUGCUCCUCAAGGCUAUUCCCCCACACUUCAGUGGCAACAGCAACAAGUGGCACAAUUUUCAACUAUUCGACAGAGUGUGAACAGACAUAGAAGUCACUGGAAAUCACAACAGUUGGAUAGUAAUGUGACCAUGCCAACAUCUGAAGAUGAAGAAGGCUGGAAAAAAUUUUGUCUGGGUGAAAGGUUAUGUUCUGAAGGGGCUGUUGAACCAACUAAAAAUGAAAAUCCUGGAAUAGAUUUUAUACAAAUUGGUUUUCCUCCCUUGCUUAGUAUUGUUAGCAGAAUGAAUCAGGCAACAGUAACCAGUGUCUUGGAAUAUCUGAGUAAUUGGUUUGGAGAAAGAGACUUUACUCCAGAAUUGGGAAGGUGGCUUUAUGCUUUGUUGGCUUGUCUUGAAAAACCUUUAUUACCUGAGGCUCAUUCACUGAUUCGACAACUUGCAAGAAGAUGCUCUGAAGUGAGGCUUUUAGUGAACAGCCAAGAUGAUGAGAGAGUUCCUGCUUUGAAUUUAUUAAUCUGCUUGGUAAGCAGGUAUUUUGACCAACGUGACUUAGCUGAUGAGCCAUCUUGAUGUUGCUGAUCUCUCAGGGGUAGAAGAUACUUGUGAUGAAGGCAGACUGUCUGAGGAAAUACAGUGCCAAUGAAGGGCAGGUUGCAUCACAUUUUCAAUAUUAUGUAAGAGGUCUUCAUCUAAAUCUGUGCAACUGAAGUUGAUAUGUAGGAUGAAGAGUGUAUGGAUUUGAGCAUCUGAAGUAUCUUUGGAUAAUCCCACUAAUUUCUAAUGAACAGUUUUCUAUUACCAUGUGUAAAACUGUAUGGUGAAAUUUUACAAAUGUCCUUGAUACUCCUUUAUUAUUUACAGAUGUAAACAUAAAAUUUUAUUGAAAAUAUAUUUUGGUUACUAAAAUUUUGUUUGACUCUUGUAAAAAACAAAACAAUGGAGAAAGGGUCUUAGAAUUAAAAAUCUAGGUUAAAUGGCAAAUGUGUUCUUACCAGCAAAAUUAAUAAGGCAUUUUCCAUUUAAGCUCAA